GUCGAUGUAUAUAUGUGUGUGUAUGUGUGUUUCCCAAAGUCAAUUCCAGUUUUAUGGAGUUAAUAACGAUAAAAUUUACGAUUUGUCUAAUUGAUUUUGCGACACGUCAUCGCAGUUGCGGAAGCCUUCUGAAUACAUAAUCUUAUUAAAUGUUGUGAAACAAACUUGUUUUACAACAGCAGAAAACGUAAAAUCGUUUAUUUACGAUGUAUAUUUGGAAAUAAAAUUCUUCUUGUAAAUGAUUCAAGACUACCAACAUAACGCAAAAAUAUCAGUUUACACUGUUCUUACUAUGUACGUGCAUUGCGUGCAGUAAUCGGUAUAACCUAUUUCUAUUAUUUAAUUAAAUACUUAUUCGUACUUAUUUCCAUGUACAUUUGAACACGUGAGAAAUAUCCUCUCAUAUUUAAUUCUUCAUACUAAAAAACAUUUUUGCGCAUAUAAAUGUGAUAUAGUAUAACUAAUAUACAUUUUUAAUUAUCUACUGUUUAAUCAAAGCUAAAUUUGAACCCUAUUUAUAAUUAUUUAGUUGAAAUGUCUGGAAAAGAACGAAGUUUGUUGAAAAUUAUUUUUAAAAAUUUUGUUGCAACACUUAAACCAACCCGACAUAAGCUAAUUGGCGAAGAUUAUUUUGGUACAAAGUAUUACGAAAUUGAAAGACCAAAUUCCACAAGAAAAUAUCAACCUAGAUAUUUUGUACCUGUGAAUGAAGAUGAUCAUUCGCAAGAAGUGCCUGUAGAAUGGCAAGCAUGGUUAAGAUAUCGUAGAAAAGAUCCGCCAACGAAAGAAGAAAUAGAGGAAAAUUACAAAUUACAAAUGCUUAAAAAACAAAAUGCUGCAGAAAUAGAAGCAAAAUAUUCAAAUAAUAAAACAAAAGAGGUAAAAUUAACUAGCGAGGGAGAAUAUAAACCAUUUCCAUCUUAUGAUGAUUAUAUAAAUCAAGACUAUGAAGUAAAAUAUAAUAAAAAAAAUAAUACAAAAGCAAAAUAAAUGUAAAUAAAUGUAAAUAAAAUAUAUGUGCUUUCAGUAUGUUAAAAUUAAUGACAUAUCUAGUAAAUAUGUACAAACUUUAUUAUAACGUACACUUGUAUUAUGACAUAAUUUUAAUUUUUUAAUGUAUAUUGUAUAUUAUUUGUAUAUAGUCUAUGAAUAAAACAAUUCAUUAAUA